AUGGCAGAGAGGAAGCAAAAAACCCACCUGGCAGAGCUUUUAGAUGAAGUGGAAAAGGAUCACAAAGCUGAGAUUCAGCUCUAUGUGUCAGGCCGCCUAAACCAUAACAAGCUCUUCAAGCCGCCCAAAACACAAUGCAGCUACUGGGAAAGUGCCAAAAAGCCGACCGCAAUGCUCACCAAGAGGGAUGCCCUUGGAGAACCCCAUGAAAUGCUGGAUAAGGCUAAGAGCGGCAAGUAUGGUACUCCAAUGCCCACCCGGGCCAAAUCUGCUUCCCCAUCCUGUUUUCAGUCCCAGGCCCACCUGGCCAGCUUUAGAGCACCAGUAAGCAUGUCACUCAGUACCACAGCUUUUAAACCAGAAAAGAAGGAGGCUCCUGAGAAACCAGAAGAUGAAGCUGGCCCAUUUCAAAGGCAGCUUAUACGAGAAGAGCUGGACAUUCCCGAAAUAAAAUUUCUGAAAUACAGACGAAUCAAGAACAGCAGGCUUUGUGUCACAAAGAAGUUUAAAGACAAAUAUGAGUUCUUUCCUUCCUAUUUGGCUGGUGUGACUAAAAUGGACCAAUAUAACAAGUUCAUGCAAGUUCAGAAGGAGUAUAUUGCCAAGCAGGAUUUGUUGGAGAAUGAUUUAAUUGGGCGCAAGUCAACAGAGCACCAUGCAAAAAAGUUGGCUCAGGCACUCCAGAAUAUCUGUGACUGCAAACGUCCACAUUUCUACCGAUUACAGGAUGUUGGUCAAGUGUUUGAAGAUAUCUGUAACAGUUCUUUGAUAUUUGGUGAUGUAUUGAAGGAAGUGAAAAAUGAAUAUGAGCUCUACAUGGUGAUCCUGCUGGAUUCUUUGCCUACAAUGCAAUACAGAACCUUGCAGGAGGAAGUCAAAGGCAUGAAGAAAAGGAGGGUGAUGACUCAAGAAAUAGAAGAGAGCAGACGUGAAAUACAGGCUCUUGUGCAGAAAUGCAGAUUGGCUUUAGCAAAAAAUGAAGAACUUAGAAAUAAAUUGGAAAUUGAACUUUGGGUGAGCCAGGCUGACAGCGACGCACCAAAAAAGAAAGAGGAUGACCAGGCAAUGAGUGAAUCAACUUCUCUGGCCAGUGCUGAGCUGCUGACAUCUCUGAGGUGCCAAAUCAUCAUAAAAUGCGAGGAAAUUCAAGCAAUUGAGAAAGAAAUAAAAAACACUAUGACUUUUAGUGGCGUUAUAAAUAUUAAACAGAAGACUGUGAAAGAAUUAGAGGGUGAAGCGACCAAACUCCAGGCCUCAAACAAGUUUCUAAAGAUGCAAAUAAGGGAUGUUAAAUACAAUAUCAAGGCAGCAUUAAGGAGGCAGAAGCUUAAUGAAGCAAGCAUGAUGUAUUUGUGGGGGUUAGUGAAGGACUUCUUGAGACCGGUUGGAGAAGAAAGCUAUGAAAACUUAACUGGAUUAUUUUCUCAGACAUCCUUAUAGAACUUUUGAUUUAAUUUGUAAGACAGGAAUGCUGCUAUGGAAAAAUGGAUGAUGUGAGAACUCCAUUGUUCUUUGCUAUUUGCAAAACAAAA